AUGCCAACUUAUGUGAAGUUUUUGAAGGAUAUUUUGACAAAGAAAAGGAGGCUUGGGGAGUUUGAGACUGUCGCUUUGACGGAGGGCUGUAGUGCCAUGUUGAAAAGUAAAAUCCCACCCAAAUUGAAAGAUCCGGGCAGCUUUACAAUUCCAAUUUCUAUUGGGGGUAGAGAUGUUGGAAGAGCUCUUUGUGACUUGGGAGCUAGUAUUAAUCUCAUGCCGAUGUCUACUUUUAGAAAGUUGGGAAUUGGAGAAGCGAGGCCAACCACCAUCACUUUGCAAUUAGCGGAUCGUUCCAUGGCUCAUCCGGAAGGGAAAAUUGAAGAUGUGUUGGUGCAAGUGGAUAAAUUCAUUUUUCCGGCUGAUUUUAUCAUUCUAGACUAUGAGGCCGAUAGAGAAGUUCCGAUUAUUUUGGGACGGCCAUUUCUUGCUACCGGAAGAACCUUGAUUGAUGUACAAAAUGGGGAACUCACUAUGAGAGUGAAUGAUCAAGAAGUCACUUUUAAUGUGUUCAAUGCUAUGAGAUUCCCGGAUGAGAUUGAAGAAUGUUCACGUUUGAGUGUGAUUGAUUCUAUUGUGGCUGAAAGUUUUCACAAGGAAGUGUGGAAGGAUGAGAGGGUGAUAAGCUCUCUUGAAGAUCUUGAAGUUUUGAGUGAAGAUGAAGAAACCCAAGUUGCUUGGGUUGAGCCGAUGCAACCUUUCCCUAAAUUCAAGAGAUCUUUUGAGUCUUUAGAGUUGAAAGAAAGCAAUUUCAAGCCUCCAAAGCCUUCCAUCCAAGAACCACCAAAGUUAGAGCUGAAACCUUUGCCAAGCCACCUCAAAUAUGCUUAUUUGGGAGAGAAUGAAAACUUAUUUGCCAAUAAUUAUUUCAGCGUGUUUGGAAGCUGA